AUGACGGGCAAUAUGAAGCGAACGCUGGCCUGCGUGGCUUGCGCCAAGGCAAAGUCCAGGUGUAUACCGGGACCAGAGGCGCAAGGGAAAUGUGAGAGGGAGUGUAUCCCGCGGGCACCGGUACCGCCGCGACGACGGAAUCCCACCCGCCAAUCUGUACUCUCACAGCUGGAGAGGCGUCUACGCGUUCUCGAGGGGGCGAGGGCCGUGGCUACCGCCCCCGGCGGCGCGGCACCGUCCAGGGAGAAGCAGGGCAACAACCAGACCAGCGUCACCGCAUCUCUAUGUACACAUUCCGUGACAUGGCCGCCGUCGUCGUCAUCUACAUCGCCCACACCCGCACCCGCGCCAGCGUCCCGCAACCCCUGCCAUCACCACACUCAUCACCUUCUCACCGGCUCGUUCAUGCAGCACAUAUUCGCCUGGGAGAAGACGACCUCGCCCUGGCCUAGCAAGGAAACAGUAGCGGCUGCAUCGUCGUCAGCUGCAUCGCCGGCAUCGUCGGCAGCGGUAGCAGCGCCGGUAAGGAGAGAACCGCUGCCAGCAUCACGAGAUUCAAUGUGGCCUACCCUGGACGAGUCAGAGCUCCUCCUGGAAAAGUACAACACCCUCAUGGCGCACCUGCUGCCAUUUGUCGUCAUACCGAGGGACAUGAGUGCCGCCGAGAUGAAGAGGGAGAGACCGUUCCUCUACAAGGCCGUCAUGAUGGCAGCUUGCUUCCUGAAUGGGACGCGGCACAGGAGUCUCGGCGGGGAGCUUCUGGGUGAUGUCGUGCGUGCGGCCAUGUUUGAGUGUGUGAGGAGUUGCGAUCUCCUGCAGGCUAUGUUGGUUUCAUCUAAAGAGCCCCGUGUUGAUGAACAUGCUGUUCCUGGCGAGAUCGACAUGCCUCAGUCUCGGACUGGGUGGGCAGGCCCUGGCGCAGAACGCCAAUCUAGAUCAUCUAAGGGCAUAUGCUGGGACAUAUUACCUAAAUACAUUGUGAGCUUGACCCAACACACCUUUCCUCUCGUAUAUCCUGAAAUGUACAGGGCUAAUCGAUGCCAGGUUCUGAUGAGCACGUCAUUCCUCGAAAACUCAUGCGGCAUCCUUGAAGCAGCCAAGCAGCACGAAUCCGACGAGUACCUCGUCAAGCUUGUGCGCGCCCAGCUGAUAGCCCAGUCCAUUUCGCUCACGCUGGCUCACGGGCCGGGCGCCCAGCAGCCUAUGCAGCUUCCCAUCACCAUCGUCGUACGGUCAUUCCAGGACCGGAUCAACGCUCUGAGACAGUCACUUACACCAAAAAUCGGGGAGGAUCCCAUCUUACAAAGCCUCCUGUCCGUCGCCGAGAUCCUCCUGACAGAGUGGGCAGCCUCGGACCGGCUCUGCAACGAGACCGUCCUGCCCCCGACCGACCGCCUCGCCCUCCUCUGGUCGUGCGUCUGCUCCCUACGGGACUUCUUCGCCACCCGUCUCCGCCUGUGGGAUGACUCCGAACGCCCGCCCUUCCUGGCCAUGCACAGCUCCGACCUGGCCUACGCCCUCCUCACGGGCAUGCGCAUCAUCACCCUCCGUCUUCCGGGGUGGAACCUGGAGCACAUCGAGCGCGAGCUGACCUUCUCCAACAUAAUGGAUAGCGUCCUGUGCAUCGCUCUGAGAAGUCGGGUCCGCGCCGAAAUGGCCAGGGCAUUGGCUGAUUGUAAGGCCCGGAGCCAGUCUUGGCCUCCCGAUCAGCAGCAGCAGCAGCAGCAGCAGCAGCAACAGCAACGGCAGACCCCCGCGAGCCUGGCAGCCAUGGAAGCCCUUGGGCCCCCUCAUCCUGUCCCGCCCGGGGGUGUCGAUGGUGACAGUUUCAUGGUUGAUGUGGAUGAUACUGUUUUACGAGACUACAUCAGCGAUGCUUUCUGGAGUGGCACUGGCGAUCUCGAUGAUUUUCUGCUUUACGAGUAUUAA